AUGGGUAUCGCGAUACGCUGGCAGGAGCUGAGAUGGAGAUCCUCGCUGCGCUCCAUAACGAACCUUCUUAAAUACCACACGGCGCUCGUCCUGUCGGUCAUCCUGGCCAAGCUCUGCGUCACCUACGCCUCGAAAGCCUUCUACUCGAGCGUAUACACAGAGUCGGGGUUGCUGGCCAUAUACCGACCAUGCGCUGCAGCGUUGUCGUCGUAUUUGGCGCUGCUCGCCAUGUUCAUGGCGCGCCAGGCGUCUUUCAGAGCAUCCACUAAAACUGGCGUUUACACCGAGGUCCUCGGGUUGCUGAACGUCGUAAUCACCAUCUUGUGCAUCGCCGUGAUCGCGAACGUUGUUUUCCGAGUCUACAUCUCCGGGCUGUACCUGGUAACUGUAGUAUGCGUCGCGGUGCUCUACCAGCUGCGGGUCCGCCGGCAACGGCUGGAUGUGAUGCGGUCGCUGGACAAGGAAUGCAUAGCGGCUCCACACAUUCGGACGUUCGUCACGCUCAGCAUAUUCCAUGUGGCAGCGUCGUACGCGGUCGCCGUCGUGAUCGGCAUCGUCGCACGGGUGUGCGCUACCGUCUGGGAAUAUGCGCACUUAGCUCCGACGCCGGACUGGAACAUCUCCGGUGUGUUGGAUACAGCUAUGACCGUAUUUCCCGGCAUCAGGGCGUACACCGGUAACUUUUAUGGGGUGGAAUGCGUCUGCAUUCUUUCCGCGGCGACGUGGACGAUCGCACUGACCGACGCGUUCUACGAGUACCUGAACCGACAGCUCUCCCACAUGGUUGGUUGUGCUUCAUGCGCACAUAGGGGGGCGCCCGCACGGCGGCGCCCCCAAUUCAUGUAG